AGGGCUACCCUUUCAUUUACCAACCUGUUCAUUUCCUGAUUUCAUCGCUUCUGUUACAACUCAACGAGGACGUCGUGGAAGACCUGCAGAACGCAAACUUGUCAUGGAAUAAUCUGACUGAACAUUUUUCUCGGAAUGAGAGUCCUCGGUCUUCUUUGUGUUGUGCUGCAUGGCAUUUGUUGGGCAAAUGCGGCCUCUCACUCUCUGAAGUACAUCUACACUGUUGUCACUGGGGAUACUGACUCCCCAGAGUUCAGCAUCACGGGUUUGGUGAAUGAUGAGCAGUUUGUGCAGUAUGACAGCAACAUCAGGAGGAUGAUCCCCCAGACUGAGUGGAGGGAAAUAUCAGUGGACAAGCAGUACUGGGACAAACAGACUCAGAAAGCACUCUAUGCACAUCAGAUCUUCAAAAACAAUAUUGUAAUUGCAAUGCAGCAAUUCAGGUCAACUCAGGGUGUGCACAUUCUCGAGUGGAUUGUUGGUUGUCAGUGGAAUGAUGAGACCGGGGAGACAGGAGGGACUGAACAUUAUGAAUACGACGGGAAAUACUUCCUCACUGAUGACAUGAAAACCUGGAAUUUCAUUCCACCUGCACAGCUGCUGUUUAUCAGUGCAGUGAAAGGGAAUCCAGCUGAGCUUGAGAAUGACAAGCAGUACCAGACCCAGAUCUGCAUUGAGUCACUGAAGACGUACGUGAGCUACAAGAGCACUCUGGAGAGGACAGUUCCUCCUGAGGUCUCUCUGCUGCAGAAGGGCUCCUCCUCUCCUGUCAUUACCUGUCAUUUGACCGGAUUCCACCCCCGUGACAUCAUGGUAACCUGGCAGAGAAACGGAGAGGACCUGGAUGUGGACGUAGAGCUGGGGGAGACGGUGCGCAACGAGGACGGAACUUUCCAGACCAGAUCUCACCUGAGAGUGAAGCCUGAGGACUGGAAGAGCCAGAAUUACACCUGUACUGUACAGCACAAGAGCCUGAAACAGGACAUCGUUCUGCCUGUCAGAGAGGAGAACAUCAAGAGGAACACAGAUAUCAAGACAGCGCGUAGCUUCAAUCCUGACGGCAACAGCCCCCCCAAGGGUGUCAUUAUCGGUUGUGUGGUGGGCGCUCUCAUCCUUGCCCUCACCCUCGCCGUCAUCGGUUUCGUUAUUUGGAAGAAGAGACGCUCAGCGCGUAGCUUCAUUCCUGAAGGCAGCAGCCCCCCCAUGUACAGGGCGCCCUCAUCCUUGCCCUCACUGUCAUCGGUUUCGUCAAUUAGAAGACAAGAAGCUCAGGGGAUGACUACGACUAGCCUCUAUUAGGAAUUGCAUUAGUGUUGCUAUGAAAUUAGCAGUGGUUGAAGAACUCAGAAAGCCACGCAUGACGGACGUAUCCUGCAGUGCAAGUCCCACGAGGCAAGCGGCCUGUGACAAGGAUCAAGCUGCGUGUCUUGGAACAGAAGAAAAGAGUGAACAGCUUCCCCUUUUCCACAACAACUCCUAAAUAUUUUGUACUGGAAACCAGGAAGCAUUCCAACAAUGGAACCAAUAUCAAGGACUCAAGUAAGGCUAUAACUCUGGGCAUAUAGCAAAAUUGGCGACGGACUAAAUGUAACAACAUUUAUGAUUGAAUGUACAUGGCAGUGCUAAUGGUUAUUGUGUUUUAAUGAUUAAUGUAAACAUUCCAUGUGUUACCAUUCUCUUGUGGUUGGCUCCUAAGCCAUCCACCAUGCUGCGGUAGUUUUAAUAUAUAUCACGCACAGAACAGAUCUUGCAUGUGAUCUAUUUUAGUUACUAACUGGUCAUAACAUGGCUUGUUGAUCU